AAACGUCAAACAAGAUAUGUAUAUAAAAUGUGUAAAACAAUAAAUGCUUGGUUGAAUAUAAACAAGAACCCAACACCAGAUACAUUAUAAUUAAUCCCAACUCAAGAAGCUUUAAAAUCUUCACCUUCCAUUUGCUAUUGAUCAUCUUCUUACAUCUCUCUCCCUCUAAAUAUAUCCAAACAAGAACGAAAGGAAAAAGAGUACAUACAAUGGUGAACUUUGUGGAUUUACAAAAACCAUUGUUGUACCGCCUCAUGAAAUUGGCCGGUGUCAUUCCUUACACCGUAGAGCUUGAACCAGGGACAAAGAUGAACUUCUGGAUCCCAAAAGAAACCCUAAAAAAAACCAAAAAAUCUGACAAAAACUUUGCCGUGGAACCCCAAAAACCUACGAAACCAGUCCUAUUGUUCAUCCAUGGCUUUGCAGCCGAAGGGAUCGUGACGUGGCAGUUCCAGGUCGGAUCAUUAGCCAAGAAGUACUCAGUCUAUAUACCAGACCUCCUCUUCUUUGGUGGGUCCUACUCCGACAACGCGGAUCGAUCACCAGCGUUUCAAGCCCACUGUUUAGUCAAGUCUCUUCGUAUCCUCGGUAUCGAAAAGUUUACUCUUGUAGGGUUUAGUUACGGUGGCAUGGUUGCUUUCAAGAUCGCCGAGGAGUACCCUGAGAUGGUUCAAGCCAUGGUGGUUUCAGGUUCGAUACUCGCGAUGACUGAUACGAUCAGUGAGUCUAAUUUGAACCAGUUAGGAUUUAAGUCGUCGGCGGAUCUUUUGUUACCAACUUCGGUUAAAGGGCUCAAGACUCUCUUCACCCUUGCUGUUCAUAAACCCAUGUGGUUCCCGAAACGGCUCUUCAAGGAUUUCAUUGAGGUGAUGAUUACCAAUAGGAAGGAAAGAGCAGAAUUGUUAGAAGCUUUGGUCAUCAGCAACAAAGAUGUGACAAUCCCUCGUUUUCAACAGAAAAUACAUCUUCUGUGGGGCGAAAGUGAUCAAAUUUUUAACCUUGAAUUUGCCAAGAGCAUGAAAGAGUAAGUUUCAAUACAGUACUUUUUUCUUCUUUAAUUACAUAAAUUUAGUCUCGUUUAUAUUUUGUUUUAAAGGCAACUAGGCGAAAAUGCAACAAUGGAGAGUAUAAAAAAAGCAGGUCACUUGGCACAUUUGGAGAGACCUUGUGUCUAUAACAGACGUCUCAAAAAGUUUCUUGCUUCAGUUUACUCCGAAAACUAAUUUGGAUGUAAUCGAUUCUCACAUCAACACCGAAUGAAUUUAUUUAUCUUAUUUCUUUGGUUUCAGUUCUUCUUUCAAAAUAAUGUAACCUGAUAUAUUAUAUUUCAUAAAAUAAUCUAUGGUUCAAUUCUAUGUCACUAGUAUUUUG